AGCGAUUCUCCGUAACCGUAUCUGGCUCAAGCUUGGCAGCUUCGGCGACAGCUCCGACAUUGAACUUGCUCGCGCAUUUCAUUCCCCACAUUCUUGAACGUGUUCCCUCUUGGCAUCUCUGAGUUUUCAGAAAUGGAGAUGCAGCGUGUUGGAGGUCUUGCAGUGACUUGCUUGGCCGCCUCGUUCGGAGCAAGCCACGGGUGGACUGACCACGGGUUCACAGAGUGCCAGCCCAGCAGCUUGCGUGCCAUCGACACCGCUCUCCAGAGCGACGUGCAGAUGCUCCAGACUUCUGCAGUGCCCGACAGCAGCAGGCCCCACGUGAGCCAGCAGGACCAGUGGCUCAACAAUGGCGGUGAAACGACUCCAAGAGGCGACGAUCACGGUGAAUGUCAUGACGACCCAGGCCGUGUCCACAAUCACGGGUUCGGUUUGGUCGUAUCGGUUUUCGCCAAUUCUGGGGAUUACGCGACGACUGAGAAUGUUGACGGCACAAGUUUGGCUUACGUCUACAUCCAUGUAUUCUUUUUCCCGGCUCUUCCGACCACUGGAGCUCUGAUAAUAUUUGAUGGCAUUACUCACGCAGGAUCUCGCAGGCUUCCCUGGGUGGGUCGAAGCUUACCCCGCGCUUGCUACAAAUUCCGAUGACGAGAACUCGGCGACGUCGAACAAGGCCCUGAGUAGUACAGUAGGCGACCAACAUUUGCGAUACAUUCAUGGAGAGUGAUAUAACUUGAUGCAGCCUGGCGAGCACGUUGUGGUUCACAUCCCGAGGCGGGCGAGCAUUGAAGACACAUCGUUCUACGAUCAGGCAGUUGCGUAUACGUUUGGAGAUCUGUACGGACACGUAUUUCAUGAACAUGAACGUAACUGGAAAGUGGGUGGCCAAGUGCUUUGCAGCCUGGUGGUUCACCUUCCGUGCAGACGACCCCGACUGUGGCGCAGAGUCCAAAUGGAUGAGUUUCCACGGGCUGUUUAACGGAGUUCGCACGAAGGUUGCCCAAAGACGCAGCAAGGAAUCCGGUAUGUGAAUUUCUACGUCAAGCACCUCGAUUUUACCCGUAUUUCCGUCGGCGGACUCUUGGGCGAGGAUGGCCACAAGGAAGCGUCUAUUUCCUGUGAUUGUCAGCAGCGCGUGUCUCUCGUUUCAGAUGCAACUCAUUCUUGAAUUGCAUCUGCUGUUUGACGGUUGCAACGGCAUCCGCCGCUUUUGUUGCAGAUUGCGAUCCUUGGUUCAGGUUCUGAUUGAUCUCGCCACCUGAAACAUGGGCUCGGCGAUGUCCAUUCAGUAGUGUUCAUCAGCAGGGAGUUUCAGCGGGUCACUCGGUACGCCUCUCGCGCACGGGCGUGUUCCGGUUGCUUGGCCGAUUUGCAGGUGAUAUCCGCCUGCGGAAGGCAUUGCCUCAGCUGACCAAGUUUCAAUGACCUGGCGCGGCCAUAAACAAAUCUUACUCUUCUCGUCUCGGUGCCGCUCUGCCCGUGCUCGUCAACGGUUGCUGUCUUAUGUGCCUGAUGCCAGGCCUCAUCAGGCGGUCGGCUAUAGUUUUCAGCAUCCGUGCCAGCAUCCUGGGAGCACGAGUGAAUUCACAAUGGCUGCUUCGGAUGUGUUGAUGCAGACAGGCCCACCGACGCGAGUUGCAGCGAUACCAUUUCAGAUGCACACUCGUAUCAAGGAAGCGGUGCGCGUCCCAGGAGUCAGCGACGCGGAGGAGGCUUGAGGUUCCCACCGCCUGUUCUGAACCCUCUCCUCUCCGC